AUGCAAGGCUACGCUGACCGCAACGAAUGGAGGAGCUUCUUCUCCGUGAUCCAAGCUGUCUACUGUCUGCCAACCAAAAGUGCUGCACCCCUACUCAGCGCCGACGGCAGCACCAUCCUCACCAAGAAGACACAAAUUUUACAGCGAUGGACCGAGUAUUUCCAAGGCAUCCUCAACCGCCCCCUCAAUUCCGACCCCGCCAUAGCCCGUCCGCCGCAAGUGGAGACCAACGCCGACCCCGACCUCCCACCCCGUCCCCACGAAACCAUCAAGACCGUGCAGCAUCCCUCUAGCGGGAAAGCGCCUGGUCUACAAGCACUGCGGAAACCAACUCAUGGAUCAUCUGACUACGCUCUUCUAGAGGAUGCAGCGUCAAAGAUAAGUUCCGCAGGAUUUCAAAGACGCCAUAAUCGUGCACCUAUACAAGCGAAAACGAAAUCGUCAGCUCUGCUACACUCAUCGAGGCAACCCCCUGCUGGACUUCACCGGGAAAAUCUUUGCCCGCGUCGUUUUACACCGUUUGGAUAAUCGCCUAUAAAAAGGUCUUCUGCUGGGAAGCCAGUGCGGCUUCCGCCGUCAUCGCGUAUCCACAACCACAGCUCACAAAGUUCUCUUCGCCUACGACCACGCCCUCAACACCACCUCGGAAGAAGACAUGCAAAGGAGCAUGGAUCUCUUCUCAGCUACUCAGGAGAACUUCGGUCUGAUCGUUAAAACGGAGAGGACGGUGGUGAUGCACCAACCGCCAACCAACGCAGCCUCCCACAACGCGCCGCACAUCAUCGUUAACGGAACCCACCUGCAGGUGAUGGAUGACUUAACGUAUCGGGGCAGAACCAUUUCCCGCAGCACGAAAAUCGACGACGAAGUAGCCCGCCGGAUUCCGAAGGUCACUCAACCCCUAGGCCACCUUUAA